AUGACUUCAAAUCUACAACUUCAGUCAUUCAAAAACAAAUUAACAAGAACUCUUACAACACAAAAGCGAAUAUUAUCAAAAAACGAAAUUCAGAUAAUAAAAACAAAACUAUCAAAAUCAAAUAAAAACAUUGGAUCUAUAGUGUCAGAUAAGUACCAGCCUCAUGAAAAUAUACAUAAACCUUUGUCACAAAAACAUUUAACAUUAUCUCUUCUUCUUUCAUCUCAAGCCCAUAUGGGGCAUUCAACAUCUCUUUGGAAUAUAACAACUCAACCCUAUAUAUAUGGAAUUCGCCAAGGAAUCCAUAUAAUAAACUUAGAUAUAACAAUUUCUCAUCUUCGUAGAGCAUGUACUGUGAUUUCUAAUAUAAUGACAAAAGAAGGUAUAAUUCUUUUUGUAGGAACACGAAAAGGACAAAAAAAUUGUGUAAUUCAAGCAGCAAAAAGGACAAAUGGAUUUUAUAUUUUCGAUAGAUGGAUACCAGGCACUAUUACUAAUGGACCGCAAGUUCUUAAACAUAGUGAAAUAAAAAAAUCAACUAUAAUUAACGAAAAAAAAACUCAAAACAAUAAUACGAAGUAUCCUUUUUCACUUUUACCAGACUUAGUAAUUUGUUUAAAUCCAACAGAAAAUAAAAUUUUACUUCACGAAUGCGCAAAAACUCAUAUACCAACCAUUGGAAUUAUAGAUACUGAUGCAAAUCCAAUGUGUGUAACAUAUCCCAUUCCUUGCAAUGAUGAUAGUUUGCGUUCUGUUGAAAUGAUUGUUGGUAUCUUGUCGCGUAGUGCAGAAAAUUCAAAAAUUAAAAAUUAA